AUGCGAUUUUGCACAAUCUGCGGAGCUCCGCAAGAAUCAAAUGACGUCGUUGACCUUUUGAGUCUGCAAAACCUGUUCUCAAUAGACAAAAGCGUGUGGGAAGCGAACAUCGGUGCGACGGCGCUCGCGAGAAUCAUUAUGAAGUCGAAUCCGGUGGCGUGUCGCUUCCAUUUCGCCGAAAAUCAGUUCGCCAAGAACGGAGAGCUCAAGGAGAACGCGAUUCCGUCGAAAAUUCCGUGGAAAGAGCUACGAAUUCAAGAAAACUAUCUGCACGAUCACGAUUAUUUCGGUUUCGGCGGCGGCGGCGGAAAAUGCGAAGAAACCAAGGACUUUGGGGUAUUUGAGCGUUUUCUGAAAUUUGAAAUGUUAAACCUGAAUUUCAGAUGUACAAAAGAGUGCUCAGCGCCACCAAGUUGCCUCCGAAAAGAGUGCGGAGCAAUAGAAAAUUGGUUUUUCCCGAAAUUCUUUAAAAAAAUACCAUGUUUUCGAGAUUUUCAGAUGAAAAACAGUUUGGCGAAGCCGUCGUCGGACGAAGAAGACGAAUCGAUAAAAGAUCAGAAAAUUCUCGCUGAAUGUACUUAAAUUAUCGAAAGGUCCCCCAAAAUCGUGUUUUUUUCAGUCCGUUCCUCCAAAAUGACGCUGAUGGAUCAUUUCGACAUAAACGCGCAUCCGUCGGUGGCGGACAUGAUCCGAAUCGGCAAAUCCAUGUCCACCCGCUACUCGGCAGUCUUCUGGGCCUUCGAGAACUAUCGAAGUGUGCGUCAGAUCGUGUGCCCCGAGUGGGAUUCGUGCCAGCGCAUCCGGCAUUACAUCGAAGAGGAUCGCGAGCAGUACAGAAGUCAGACAGUCGUCGUGGAUCUCAAAAGACGGCUAGAGCAGGCGUACGCCGAGCACGAGAUGCGCGGAAAACCAAUGUUCGUGGAGUACGUGCAUUUGGUAAGCAAGUGCGCUUGACAUUCUGUUUUAUUUUUUGCCAAAAUUCACAUGUUCUACCGCCUGAUUUCUUUUCGGGAGAUUUGCAUCAUUAUCCCCGGAAAGUCGUUAAAUUUCAGAUCAGAGAGACGAUUCCGCUGCCGACACCACUGAUCCGUCAACACUGGAAGUACUGGAGAGCGGACAAGAACCGCGAGAAGAAGCUCAGCAUGGUCUUUCUCCCAAGGCCCUCGGACUCACGCCCGCUCCCGGUCCCUCUUCGUCCGAUCGUCCCACCGCCCUACUUUCCACGUGGCUAUCAGUCGCUUCCCACGUUCGCGCGCAAGCGACCGACUGAGCCGUACUCGCCGGAGUUUCUGCAUGCGAAACGAAUGAGCCGCGAGGCCGAGCAGGACCGUCGCGUGUCGGCAAUCAUCGAAGACGAGCUCGAGCAGCUGACGGCCGAGCAGGAACGCGAGCUGAUGGGCGCGGCGCGCGGAGGAAGUUGGACGUUCGACGAGAAGAUUGACGUGAGCCACGCGGCAUCGGGCCCACCGUAAUCUCAGUGUUCAGCUGGCCAAGAAGUUUGGAAUCUCUUAUUUGACGGUGUUGACUUGUUACGAGAGAAGAGGGCACAAAUUCGUGCUUUCGCCAGACUAA